AUGCGGGCCUUUGUGGUGCUGUUCGGACUAUGUUUAGCGGUAAAUUUGUGUUCAUCGCGUGUUAUCAACAGCCAGCGAGAUGAAAACGAAGAAAUUACUGCAGUCGCAUCUGCGCCCGUUGCAGACUUAGAAACGGCCGCGAGUCACCAUCACGAAUCAGGUGGUGGACAUCAGCAUCACGCCCACCAUCAUGCCGAACACGGUGGAAAAGGUAGCAAAGGAUACAAAAGCAGUCAUCACCACGAUCACGCAGCCCACGGAAAGCAUGGCAAGAAACAUGAAGCCGGUCACCACGGCGAGAAAGGUGGACACAAAAAGGGACACCAUCACUCGGAACACCACCACGGUGAACACCACGAAAAAGGUGGACAUCACAAGGGUGGAAAAUUCGGAGAGAAGAAGGGACAUAAAAAAGGUCAGAAAACAACCGGUUACCAUCACAAGUCCCACAAGGACAAGUACCAUAAGGAACACAAAUUCUACGACGACUACCACAAACAUGGCAAGCACAAUAAGCACGGAGACUAUCACGCGCAUCAUGGAAGCAAACAUGGAGGACACAAGAAAGGAGGCAGUCACAAAAGCGGACACCACGAAGACCAUCAUGGAAAGAAAGGACAUCACAAGAAAGGACACUACGACGAACACCACAAGGGACACAAGGGACAUCAUGGACACGAAGAACAUCACAAACAUCACGAAGAUUAUGGAAAGAAAGGUGGCCACCAUGAAGGCAAAGAGUACGGAUUCAGUAAGGGACAUCAUUAA